ACACGUCCUCAAGUCUCAGCUUUAUUGGCUGCUGCUUGAAUUCACUCAUUCUCUGCUGCCCAGUGACAUGAAGGUCCCUGUGGCUGCCCUCACUGUCCUGAUCCUCACUGAGUCCAUUUUCUCCUGGACCUGCUCUGCUUCAUUGGGUGCUGAUACCCCAACUGCUUGCUGCUGCUUCUUUAUCUCCCGGAAGAUCCCGCGUAAAUUUGUGGUGGACUAUUAUGAGACGAGCAGCCAGUGCCCCAAGUCAGCUGUCAUCUUCCAAACCAAAAGAGGUCGGGAGGUCUGUACCAACCCUAGAGACACCUGGGUCCAGGAAUUCAUCACCGACCUGGAGCUGAACUCCUGAGUGGCCUGGAGGCAGCAAGGAGGCCUCACAUCUGUGGGCCGAUUUGGGAGCAAAACACCUGAGUCAGGGUGGUGACCCUGCAGUUCUGGAGGCCAUUUGUUCUGUGGGUCCCACCCUCACUCCCACUGCCCUCUGGGGUCCUCCUUAACAUUCAUUUUAGUUUUAUGUAUCUCAUUUCAUUUUUGUAAUUUAUUUCCAUUUUUAAUUGUGUUAUGCAGUGAAUGUUUCCUCUGAAAUCUCAUGAUACCCUCAUCACCAUCUUUCCCCUUUCUUUCAACUCUUCUCAAAUUGUAUAUAU